UUUUGUUUGAUCUUUUCAAUUUUAUUUUAUUCCAGAAAAUAUGGCUAGUCAGACCCAGGGUAUCCAGCAACUGCUGAUUGCAGAGAAGAGAGCUGCAGAAAAGGUGAGUGAGGCUCGGAAGAGGAAGAACAGGAGAUUGAAGCAGGCUAAGGAGGAGGCUCAACAGGAGAUUGAGAAAUAUAAACAAGAGAGGGAAUUAGAGUUCAAGAACAACGAGGCGAAACAUGUUGGUUCCAAGGAGGACAUUGCCGCCAAGAUUGAGAUGGAUACUAAGGUUAAGAUUGAAGCGAUGAAUAGAAGUGUUGCUACUCAUAAGGAUCCUGUAAUUGAUUCUCUGAUCCAGCUGGUAGUGGAUAUCAAGCCUACCAUUCACAAGAACUAUAGACAAGCCUAAA